AUGGAGGAAGCUAAGAUACAUAGUUUGGAAAAGAUUGUGAAUGAGGGGGUGUCAGGGAUUGAAAAGUUACAAAUCUUGAUGGCGUUCAAGACGCAUGUUAAGAAGGAGUUGGUAGAUGAGAAUGCAAUAGAAGAUUAUUUUGAUGUAUUAGUUAAAUUUCUCUCAGGGGGCGAGGAGGAUUACAAGUUACGGCAGCUAGGUCAUUCAUCGUUGUGUUAUUUGAUUAAGCGGGUUGCGAUGCAGCAGCCGGGUAAGUUUCAGGCGAAAAGAAUCAAUGAGUUAGUGCGUGCGGUGUUGUUGCAGGGGUUAUCGCAGGAGAGAAAGGUGUGGAUGAGUGCGAUGAAGAGUUUGGAGGCGAUAUAUCUGUGUAAGCCACUUGUUUUUGAGACGGAGUUGUGUCAGAUCUGCUUGGAGAUGAGGUGUAAUGAGAGGACUAAAUGUCUUUUGUUUAUGGAUGAGUUAAUACAGCAACAGCAGGCCAACAAUCGGGAUCCCAUGGAGUUAGUAAAUCGGUUUUUGGAUCUGUGGAUACGAAUUAUGAACGAGGAAGAAGAAGAUGGGGGAGCCGAGGCGGGUGGCGCAGGGAACACGCGAGAUGUUGAGUUGAUACACGAGCUACUUAAAAAGUACCACGACGAGGUGUCGUUAGAGCAGAUAGCCACACGAGUGACGAAUCCAAGGUCUUUGGGGUUGUUUCAGCCCGCGGGACAUGCGCGGCCGUCGUCCGCGGAGACGGUGAGUUCGCUGGUGAGCGUUCCCUUUGAGGCCGAUGAGGAGUUAACGCGCUUGAUGGAGGAGUUACCGCCCAACAUUGUGAAUCUAUCGAUGGCCGAUUCUAAGGACUACCUGUCGUUCGAGCAUGUCUCGCGUGAUUUGGAGCAGAUAACGGUUUGUUUUCAAGCACUGAAGGAGACGGAGUUUAACUGGAAACAGCGGCAAGAAGGUAUUAUCACAAUCCGAAGGAUUGUGAACGGGAAUGUGCCCCGACAGUUCCCGGAUGAGUUCAUCCAAACAUGUAAAGACCUAAAUAUCACAGACUGUAUCUCAAAGGCAGCGUUAUCACUCAGAACUACUCUUUCGUCUCACUCUUGUCAUUUAAUGAAGGAAUUAGCACUUAAAUUGGGUGCACGGUUAGAUCCUUUAGUUGACUCUUUAUUUAUUCCAUUGCGCUCUUUGUUGUCAGCAACGAAAAAGAUUGCAUCGCAGACUGCGUUCGCUACUGCUGUCAUUAUUCUGAGCAAUGCCCCAUACCACAAUAGACUAUUCCAACAGUGCCUGUCUCUUUCACGCGACAAAAACGUAUCGCCCAGAAAUUUUGCUGCUGUAUUCCUCAGGGUAUACAUUAUCAGAUUUCAUAAACGGCUAGAGCACUCUGUCCUGAUUAUUGAGGAAUGGUUACAUAAAGGUUUGUCCGACCCACAGACACAGGUGCGCGAAACUAUGCGAGUCACGUUUUGGUACUGGUACUCGGCUAACCCACUUAGCGCUAAAAAGGUGUUGGAUUCCCUACCCCACCAGAUGAAACGAGCCAUUGAACAUGCAAUACCAGCCCAUUUGAACAUCGACUACCAAAUGGCGCCGGCUGAAAGUUCCAACGAAUCUUCGAGGAGAUCUAGUCUUGGUGCACGGCGGUUUCCAAGCUAUGCGGCUCCGACACAAUCCUCCAAUCUUCAAAAGUUUGCGGCUAACGCGUUGGCCGGUAUUAACGCAAGAUCCAUCUGUGAUAGUAGCAAGCACUUAACGUCAUAUUCUUCUUUAUCACUGGCCAAAAAAUCGUUUUCUACAACACGCCAUGACUCGGUAUCCCCUAGAAUUGUUUCAAACAGUUCUAAUAAUAAUAUGAUGAUGAUGGCGGAUGAGCAUAUCGAUUUAACUGAUGAGCUUACAACUAAUCACUCCAAUACUCUUGUAAAAAAGUAUUUGAAUGAUGAUCCUGUGGCUCUCAAGAAAAACGAACAAGAAUCAAUAGGGGAAUUAGAAAGCAUGUACUCCCAUAUUUCGUCCGAUUUACUACAGGAAAGGCAACAGGGCUUACAGUUUCUACAAAAUUUGUUAUUAAUGAAAACACCACUCGACUCGAAUAGAUUACAACCAUUCUUGAUCCAAUUAUCCAUCCAAUCUCCUAAAAGCUUUAAAAAAUUGACGAUUAUUCCUUCUUUUCAUUCAUUAAUUCCUUUAAUUAAUUUAGUGGAACUCUGUGCCAUAAACGAAGUUGCAACCUCCACUAUAUUGGACGAAUUUCCAGCUGCUGAAUUGAUAAGAACAGUAAUCACAUCCUUUCAAACUUUUUUCCCUGAUAAUAACGACCAGUUGUUCCUAUUCUACGUGAAAUAUAGAUCGGUGAUUUUCAACUACUGCUUUGAAAUAUUGAUUGAUAUCAUUGACAAUGGUUUCCGAUUCUCAGAUGAUGACUCUUUAUUCCAUGAUACGUGUGUUCAUGUAUUUCAAGCUUGUGGAAACGACUUCAAUAUGGAUAAAUAUUAUUCUUUGAUAUCCAUUCUUUAUAAUUUCAGUAAAUCGCAAUUUAUUGAACUUCUUCGCGAGGCACCUGUUUCGAGUAAAUUUAAAAUCGCAAAUGAGCUACAGAGACGCGAUCCAACGUUUAAUUUACAUGCCAUAAUAUCUAGAGAAUCGACUGCAGAAGCUUCUAAUGGUGGCAUUAACACGGACAAUGAAGGAAGUAUGGAUUCAGAAUACGGGAUUCAGAACACUCAAAACUUGUUAGAGAUGACUAUGGUCAAUCAUAUUGAGCGAGAUAGUGGUGAAAACGUAAUUGAAGCCGGUAAAGCCAGCGUUGUUCAAAAUGGUCACCGUAAUCACUUAGCAUCACAUCCAUUACCACCACCAGCGAUACUAGAGGAGAAUAAUAGGUACGAUGAUGAAACUGGAAGACUAAUUGGAGAUACUAAUAUCGCUCUUGCCAAAAAUGGAGGAGGAAAUAAACUCCAAUCUACCCUUGGUGCUGGUGAAAAACUUUUUGAAGAUUUGGAAGAUGAGCAUGGAUUUACCAGUGUUGGAGGCUUAAAAGGGUUGACUGAGAUGACAAAAGUUGUUAGUGUUUAUCAAACUUUCGACAAAGAAGGUGAUCUUGAAAUGGCAGAAGAAGAAAAAUUCAAAGAUCCGGUGGAUCAAGAAAAUCACGUCACAGGUUUGGAUGAUAUAUUCAAGGAUGACAAACACGAACCAACUGUCAAAUUUAACGAUAUUCCUCGAAUAAUCGAUAUUAAUAGGAACUGGGAUAGACAAGAUGUAGAUUCGCUUGUCGAUACUAGCGGUAAUAUUACUAAUAACGGGUUAGAUGAAAACCAUACCAAUGGUAGUCAUGGCGGUGUAGCUGAAAUGGUAGAAAAGGAGAUGGACAAAUCUCCAAAGUUACCCCUAAACGAGGAGGAUUCAAAGCUUCUAUCUGAUGGAAUUACCGAAAUGGAGAUCAGAAAACAGAAUGAUGAUCCAUUUGUAAAGCUUCCAAAGACUAAUGAAGACUUGACAGUUAAGGGAGAUCACAGUUUCAUCUCUUCUAAAGCAUAUAUUGAUAUACUUUCUAUCUUCCCUCCAGGCUCGCUAUCAGCUUUCGAAUUGGAACUUUUGAACGGGAUGGAUUUUUCAGAUAUGGAUGUAGAGCACAUUGAAGAGGCUAUUAACACUAUCCAAAAUAGCAAACCUAAAAUUGCAGAUAUAUCCUGUCUUGUUGGCGCACUAUUUCAUUACAACUCAAGUGCAUUUAUAACCUGGUUGACCAAAUAUCAAGGUCUAAGGAGAAUCUGGGAAAUGAUAACAGCAUUUAUGAACACCGGUGAAAGCACUUCGCAACUCUACAAAUGUAUCAUACUAUGUGCAGCAUUGAUCGUUGCCGAUACUCAACUUCAUGCUGAUGUGUUGUCGAAUUUAGAUAUAGAUAACGUGUGGUCCAUAUUAACGUUGGAGAUGUCGAAACUAUCCAGCUACGACAAUACAUUCUACGUGUCUUGCUGUGAAUUCAGAGACCUCAUUAUUGAACACUACUCUAAAGGCUACCUUCAAAACUUGCUAGAAAACUGCAUCAAAGACCUCAGUUCUUGUAACGAACGCAUCAAAACAACAUUCAUCCUACAAUCAAUCGAUAAUGCCAUCUCUCAUAUGGAUACGAUUUUGUCGUUAGACGUCCUGAGAAGUUUGUCCGGUUUCCUACAAAAGUUUGUCUCUAGCAGCUUCACCGAAUGGAGAUACCAUUCUGUCAAGCUUCUAUCACAGAUAUACCUGAUUCUACUCUCGAGACACACACCAAGAGGAUUCAUUAAGUCUAUGUUAAACAUAUUACAGCCUCAUGAGUAUGAACUGGUGAAGUCGUUCCACACGAUAGACCACGAUUAA